CCUCCUCUCCAUUCCACAGGGUGUGGAUGGCUCUCAGUUCUGCUUUCACAUCAGCUUCUCAGCUUUAAUCUGUUUAAUCUUCAUCUAAAGCAAAUGGGAGGUCAAAGACCACUGAAGUGUCUUCCUCUGCCUCCUCUCACUUAACCUGCACUUUCUACUCCAGAGUCAGGAAACAGCAGGGUUGACAAAAACUUCCCAAGUUCCAACUCAAAAGUCAGAAUGAGAAGCCUCUGCUAUGUCCGCUGUGUGAGGAAACUGUGGGGUUCAGCACAAGCAUCCUGGCUUUUUAAAACGCCAAAACUACACAGAUCAGUGCAUCAUAAAAAGGUGAUGGAAGAGGAAAAACCAUGGGCUCUGAUCUCAGAGGUGGGCGAGCAGGGCUACCUUGAAGAGGUCACUGACAUAAUGAAACAACACUUUCAGAUUAUCUGCCACAGAGACUUUCUACAAAACCCUCACCUGCACGGUCCUAAAAUCCAGGCCAUGUUCGUGUGGAACGCCUGCCCUGCAGCCGAGCCUUCGAUGCUCAGUUUACUUCCAUCGCUGAAGGUGGUCGCCAACGGAGGAGUGGGCAUCGACCACCUCGAUGUGCCGUACAUCACCAGCCUUGGGGUGACGGUGACCAACACGCCUGGCGUGGUGAGCGAUGCCACUGCGGAUAUUGCCAUGGGUCUGCUCCUGGCAUCAGCAAGGAAGAUUGUUCAGGGUCACCAAAUAGCUGUUGACCCAAAGACUACCCAUAUACCACAAUGCCUGAUGGGAGUUGAAGUCACAGGGUCGAUUCUGGGGAUCAUAGGAAUGGGAGACAUUGGAUACAAAAUUGCUCAGAGAAGCAAAGGAUUUGACAUGAAGAUCCUGUAUCACAACAGGAGCAGAAGGAGUGUUGAGGAUGAGCAGGCGGUGGGAGCGAGUUACUGUCAGAACAUGGAUGACCUGCUGAAAGAGUCGGACUUUGUGAUGCUGGCAACCAACCUGACUCCUGAAACCACCGGUCUGAUCAGCCACAGAGAGCUGUCCCUCAUGAAACCCACAGCAACGCUGGUCAACAUCAGCAGAGGUCUGGUUGUAGACCAGGAUGCCUUAGUUAAAGCUCUGCAGUGUGGAACGAUUCGAGCAGCUGCGCUAGACGUGACUUAUCCUGAACCUUUACCAAGGGAUCAUCCUCUACUUGGUCUGUCUAAUGUGCUGAUCACCCCCCAUGUUGGCACCAACACUUACACAACAACCAGAAGGAUGGUGCAGAGGAUGGUAGAAAAUGCUUUGGCUGCAGUGAAAGGCCUGUCUAUUCCCAAUGAAGUCAAGCCGAAAUGACUAAACUUCUGGCAUUAGCGUUUCUACAGAAAAAGAUGAAGUGCUUUUACUUCAUCGUGAAUUUGUUUUAACCUGUUUGGUUGUAUGUUCUGUCUAAUGAUCCGCCACAAUUGCUGUGAUAAGCAUGAUCAUUUAUGUUAUGUGUAGCAAGAUGGAUCAAUUCAAAUCACUCUUCUGUGAACAAGUGUUGCUUAUAAAUGUAACAUAAAUAAAAAAUAAAAU